AUGGGGAUACUUAUGAUUGAUAAGCCCAAAACGCCUGAAUUGGUUAAUCUAUGCAUUGAAAUCCAAUAUUUAGUAUUGAAGAAUGUUAAAGCUACAAAUUGGAAAAAUAAAAUAUCAGAUGUUUUAACAAAUGUUUUAAGAAUAGCAAAAAACCAUCAUGUAAAGUCAGAAGGGGAUUUUGUACAUAUUGUUAUACCAGUAUUGUUAUUGGAAG